AACUUGCGCGUUACUCCACCGAGACCGAGGUCGAGACGAGAUAUAAACCCUCCCCACCUAGACCCCCGCAAGCCUCCGACUCCGAGCCCCUCCUCCUCCUCCCAAUCCCUCGAUCGCCACCACCCACCACCAUUCGCGCGCCAUGGCCGAAGGGGGCUCGCCGCCGCGUGCUCCGGCGAGCACGGAGGAUGGCGGCGGAGCUCCGACGGGAAAGGGGCCGGGAGGAGCUGCUUCUUCACCACCGGCACCGCCUCCGACGACCAAGCAGGGAGGCACUCCUCCGCCGCGGGCUCCGACGGGCAAGGGGCCAGGAGGAGCUGCUUCUUCACCACCGGCACCGCCUCCGACGACCAAGCAGGGAGGCACUCCUCCGCCGCGGGCUCCGACGGGCAGGGGGGAGACGCACCACAGCCGCGGGAUGCCAAUCAGGGAGGCACCCCGACUCCGAUGGUCAAGGGGGGAGGCGCUGCGUCACCACCACCGCCGGGAGCUCAUCAUCUGACUACCAAGGAGGAGGAGGAGGACGCGCAGCGGGAUCGGGAUCGGGCUCGGGACGAGGACGACGAGGCUCCUGCACGGCGCUGCUCGUGGGUCAUACUGCAAGCCGUAACCCGCGUCAAGGAUCUCCCACCCGGAGAAGAUUUGGCGUUCAAGUCGGAGAAGCCACCCGGCACCAGCGUCCUCUACGUCGACAAGGCCAUCGGCUUCUUCAACUUCGUCGUACCUCGCGCCAAGCCCUUCUCCGUGAACCUGUCACGCCCAAGACCAACCACUCCCCUCGUCGUCGCCGUACACGGGUCUGGAAUGGUCGUCGCCUCCGCCUUCAACGGCGUGCGCUACUUCUGCGACGCGCACACACGAGUCGCCACCAUGAUUCCGCCAAUCCCCCCCAUGGAGCCAAGCCUCAUUCCCCCAGUCAUAAGCAUCGGCGUCGUCCAAGAUCCGAUUCGACCAGACUACACUAUGGUUGCUUGCCUCGUUUGCACCAAUUCGAGCCCGCAGUUCAUGGAGCUGCGCUGCUGGACUUACACCUCAGGUUCCCAGUGGGUUGUCAAGCCCCUUACCAACUGCUUGCAACACCCAGUUUGGGGCAGUCAAGGCGGUGUGCUAAGCCAUAUGAACAAGAUUUGGUUCGUCGACCUGCCCUUGGGACUUCUUUUCUGCGAUCCGUUCAUUGAGAAGCCCAAGCUGACUUAUGUGGCUCUUCCGGAAGGCUGCCUUAUGCUGGUCCCCGACAUCAGAUCGCGUCACAAUCUUGAGAAGCGGCGUUGCGUCAAGAUCAGCCAAGACAAGAUAUGCUACGUUCAGUUAGAUGAAGGAGAGGCUUGCUUAUGGAGUUUACUCUAUUCUGAGAGUGAGAGCCCCGAGUGGCAGCUUGAGUACAAGGCACCUCUUGCGGACAUAUGGGGCGACAAGAUCUACAAGACCUCCGGGCUGACGCCGGGCAAAGUUCCUGCCAUUGCUAUGAUUGACCCGACAGACUGUGCUGUACUAUACUUUAUAGAACAAGAUGUGCUGUUCUCUUUUGACAUACGUUCCAAGAGAGUUUUGAUGUCCAAGAGCUUGGAGAUGCGCACUGACUUCUGUUACCCAUCACAAUUUCUUCACUCCUGGCUCUUACCAUCAAACAUGUUUGAGGAAAAUGGUCCUGUGGAAAGUGACAAGUUGCCGAGCAAUGACUUAGAUGAACAGUCUGACAGUGAUGAUGAUGAAGAGUCCGAUAAUGAAGAUGAUGAGGAUGAAGAACAUGGUCGUCAAAAUUCUUGGGUCUGUGCUCAAGAGGUCAUCAGUUCUGGGCAAGCUGCCUGGGAAUACUUCGAGUCGCAGCUUGAAGCUGUACAAGGUAACCAGGAUGGUGAACAAUGAGCAAGUGAAUAUGUUCAAGAACAGAAGCUCUCUGCUUGCUGAGAGCUUGCUGAAAAACUAACCUGUCAGUAGUAUGUUGAUUUCUUAUUUCUGAGUCAAUGCUCUGUUUUCUGACAAUGCCAAUGUUCUGUUGGUUUUUGAUAGUAUUAUCAUGUGAUGAGAUGACAUUGUCCCAAUUCAGUGGUUGAAUUCUACAAGUGACCUACUGUUCACUUAGUUUGUC